AGAAGAUGAACUUCAGACAGCCAAGUCCGCAAUCAACGCCUUCAAAUUACAGCUGCGAGACACACAUAUGAACUCGCGAGUCAAAUUCGCAACCUUCGAUGGACAUCACUGCGCCGUUGAAGAGGCCAAAUCUCUCAGCAGCAAGGUUAUAGGCUUGAACAUGCAACUAACCAAAUACGAGACCAUCCUCGGCGACCUAGGGGCCUAGUACUACGACCAGACAUGCAACGUCGUCCCCGCCCUACACGCUCAGCUUGCCGAGCUCUCGGCUGAGAAAGGCGUGGAGUACACCGUCGAGCAUCAUCCGCAUCCAAACCCCGAAGUCGAAACCCGGAAGUUGCUGCGCAUGGCAGCGGCGUACGGAAAGUGGGAACUGAAGGGCUUCGAGCCUCACGCGUAUGAUCCGAAUGAAAAUCCGGGCUGCAUCCCGGCGACAUUCGAGGCGAUGAAGAAGCUGCUCCCAAAGGGAUGGAAGGUGCUCUACGACUUGGACAAGGCCUGGCUGCGGCCGAUGUUCAAGGCUUUCACCCUGUCAGAUGCGCAGGAGCGUGCUGAUGCAGAGAAGGAGAUGGUGCAAAAGCAGCUCUGCCGUGAGCUGGGACUUCCAGAGAGCGAGUUUGGCCGCGUGCGUGUCAGUUCAGUGGUGGAGGAGACUCGGGAGAUACUUGCGGAGAUCGAUGGGGAUGUGCUUGAGGCUAGCAUGAAUGCGACUCGGGUGUUCCAGGUCGAUACGCCGGUGGGUGUGCAUCCUGAUUAUAUUCAGGAUCCCAUGACGGAUGGCGACUUUGAUGAGCGAGAGGGCUUCGUUCACGGACGCUUCGACGACGCCCGCGUUUAGGAGAAUGGCGCGAGGGCAUGCUCGGCCUGAGGAUGAUCGACAUGUGCGAGGGACGAAAAAAAAGACAAAGCGGCGUGUUUCUCUAGUUUUUGGGAUCGGCGCUUGGGACUUUAGG